GGGGGGGGGGUGUAGAGUCUGGAAACUCGCCGCUAGAGGCAGACAAAUCUUACGCACUGCACCUCUUAUUUUUUUGUUUAGGAGUCAAUCUCAAUCAGUUGCUCCAGGGUACACGCUCCUAUGCAUGCUUUCAGGCCCUACCUCUGUCAUCCCGGGUGUCGCUGACGCAUUGCACGUCUCAUAUGUGCUAUGGGUGUAUUGUUUGCGUUUGCAAAUACACAGUUACCAAAUUUAGUACUGGCAAGAGAAAACCACGUACCGGUGUGAUGAGGUGUUACCGGCUACCAGGCUUUCAGAGUCGGUUGCUGCUCGAACUGCAGAGACAGCAGCACAACAAGCUUUUCUGUGACACCCUUUUACAAACUGAAGGUGUCUCCAUCCCAGCUCAUGGCUGCCUCCUGGCCGCCCUCAGUCCUUGCCUGUCCCUCAAACUCUCUGCUUCUCCUCAUCCCCCCGCCGGCCAGCAGCGUAAACUCAAGCUCCAGGCGGUCAACGCCGAGACCCUCCUGAAGCUGGUGGGCCUGUUGUACUCCGGUCAGCUGGAGGUGAACGAGUCCACAGACCAGGACGAUGUGCUGGCGGCUGCCAACAAGCUGGUAUUCGACCGCCUCCUGGAGGGACCGGGAGAUUUGAGUGGGGGGGGCGGGGGGGCCGGGGCGGGGCAGGCCAUCGGUGGGGAAGCCUUGCAGCUUGCCGAAGAACGGAAAGACGGGAAGAAACGUGUCACGUGCGAUGCUGAGGUGCAGGUGGGAACGAGGUGCAGAAGGGACGCAGAGACUCAAAUUGAGGGGACGGGUUCUGUUGACGCAGCGUCACAGACGGUCGGAGCUCCACGCGAUGUGUGGCCCCCUUGGUUGUCCCGGGACGACGCCUCUCUCCAUGGGGAGCUCGGCCCCGGUUCCCCCACAGCCCUGUCGGAUGAGACAGGGUCAUCACAGGAGGUAACCAAGACCACCGCUAGCACCACCACCACUAAACCCCCCAGAAACUCCAGGGUGAGCAGCGAGGUGUCCCACUGCAACCGGCCCAAACCGGGGUCUCUGAAGAGGAACCGUUGGAAGUUGGGAAGCAGGGAAACGGCAGCGGAAGAAGCGGGGAAGAAGGCGCCGUCAGGAGGACAGUCGACUCAAACGAAAGGAAAGGAGAUUAGGAAACGGAGAGAGAGGAUCGGCGGAGGGUGCUGGAGCCCGAGGAGGUCGUCGGCUCUGACCAGGGAGAUUGCCAUCAAGGUCAAACUGAGGAGGGUUGAGCAAGGAGCCGCGUGGGAAGUGGUAAACAUGCGGGACAUGGGCCAGAGGCGAACCCUGGGGAGAAGUCAGGUGAUGGUCACUGCCCUUAAGAAGGAUAGGGCCAAACUCCUGCGAUCAAAGGCAGAGGGGACCAAAGGGCCAUCCAUCGCAUCGACAUCCCAACCAAGUCCAGUUACUAAACAACACCAGAGCCCCUGCAUGUCUCUGGCCCUCACUGUACAACCGCCCUGCUUCGAGGUCUUCACAGACCUCCAGUCGCCCUCGAGCCCCUGCUGCACCCCAAGUAACAAUGACUCCAUGACGGCCUUGCUGUCCCAGGCCCAGGGCUCCAUGGAGGAAUCAGACCAGGACAUAGAGAAGCUCCUGGAGGAUAUCAUGAUGGGCCUGAACAUACUGCCUUCCUCUGGCCUGGAGAAGGACGGCAACAGGUCGAGCUUUAAGUCGAACGGCGCAGCCAUCCCCAGCGCCCCACCCGCGCUGGAGUGGAAAGAGAGGCAGGGAGAGGUGGACACAGACGCAAGUGAGGUCGGCUCACAGUGGUACAAGACGCUAUGGGAAGACGCCUCGUCGGAAGACGCAGUCCUGCACAGCAGAAGCAGUUCCUAUUUGGUUCCCGCUGCGGCAUCAACCUCGUCUGUGCACUGUGCAGAAACCUGGCCCCAAACGGAACGCCAGUCCAACCAGAUUGCUCAGGCACAGUCCUCUCUGGCUGAGGAACAGCCUGCAAGCAAAGACAGUUUGCCUGACGAAAGUUUUGCCCAGUGCCAUUCGCUCAAUCACAGGGGGCAGGGAGAUACGACUGACCAGAGCGCUCUCCUCUCCGAGCCGCUGGAUUACAAAGACCUUCACACACUAAAUGUGGCAUCAAUCGCGCCUGAUACUGUUAACUCUGACAGUCAGCAGACUGACCAGCCACCCUCUAAGGAAUUAACCUGGAUAUCAAGCACACAACAUGUACUGCAGUUUCCUCUGAGCUUGGGUUCCAAGCAGGAAACUAAACCUUCUGAACCUGAUGAUCCGUCAAGGCUGGAGUCCUUGGAGGACCUGGAGCUUUUGCCGUCAUUACGUCAGUCAACUGAAGUGAAGCAGGAAAAAAGGAAGCCCCCUGUUAAAAAGCUCUGUGUUGAGGCUGCAAAAGUGACAAGGGACAAACCAGUGACGUCGAAGAGAAAAAGGAUAUGCGAAGCACACACAGAUGACGCAUCUGAUCGUACCUCGGGGUACAAAGUAACCAGACAUGGGUCUGGAGAGUUUAGUAAAAUCUUUUUGAAUGUGUGCUCAGUGAAUUUGUCCGGCAACAAUGUCUUGAGCAAGAGAAGGAUACUGAAGCAAGAACCUCCUGUUUUUAAAGAGCCACAGAAGGUGCUCGACACCACAGGUGCCGACAAAGGCUCUGAGAAAUUGAAGGCUGACAAAACCAUAACCGAGACUAGGAAAAGAAGCAUUCCACGUGCCAGAAGUGCUUCUACAACCAAAGAUAAGGCAGAUGAGAUUGUGGAGACUGUCCCAGUGAUCAAAAGGAAGGUAGGGAGACCUCGGAAAAUAAUGCCUGUCCCUCACAAUGCCAACCCGUCCAUUGACAAGAUUUUAGAAAGCGACAGGAAAACGAAUGCGCAGGCCGAGAUCGGAGAACAAUGUUGUGGACAAAACGAAAGAAAACUAAGAAGGAAAUGCAAGGAGAUCGUCCAGGAUGUUCAGAUUUCGAACGAUGAAAAAUGUGGACAAAACAAAGGAAAGCCAAGUAGGAAAGGCAGGAAUGAUGUCCGUAAUGUUCAGAUUUCGAACGAUGAGGUCCAUUAUGAUGUGCCGAGUUCAGACCCUGUUUCAGCCCCAGAGCCUCCUAGGGUGGCUGAUGAACAGCUAUGCGCCCAGCCGCAUGAUCCGAGUGAGUCUGAGCCAAACGAGCACAGGGCAGGUUCAGAGAAUACUCAGACUGAAGAGGCUAAGAUAACCGUAAAUCCUGUAUCAAGGGUGAAUCCUGCAGUUAAACCAAAAGAAGCUAAACGGACGGUUUCUCUGAAACAGUUUAAACAACUCAUUAAGUUCAGACAAAUCACGAUCAGGGGUUCAAAUACCAAAACUAAAGUGAUAUCCAGUGAAGUGGAGGAAAAUGUACAUUCUGAUGGAAAGGCUUGUGAAAACACGGACAGAUGUGAAUCAACUUCUUCAGAUAUAUCUCCUACAAAAAACGUAAAUUAUGUUAAAUUUGAUCAAAACCAGAAUCGGGUCAUCACGACUGAAAGUCCGAAGUCGAAAGUGGACGUCACAGUUUCGCAGGAUAAACAAGGGAAUCAUCAAGGUCAAAAAGGUAACCAGGUACCUCUGGAAGCUGAGGAUAAAAAGGGAAAGGAUUACAACAGAGUUGACGUUGUUGUAAAAGCUUCCCCAAUAGUCUGCCAAUCUUCAUCAAUAGAAAGCAAAGUAGGUGAUCAAUGCAUUGCCAAGAAUCCAGGCCAUUCUGCUGCAUCGAAAACUAGCGGAAAACCAGAAACAAUACAGCCAAGACCUACAGUUGAACCUGUAAUGGGACUCAAAAAGUCUGACAAUGAACGUCGGGUUGAAGCAGAUGACCUUUCUAGCAAGGACAUCGGGUUUCACAGUCAUAGAGGAGAAGAGGAGAUGAGGGAGGUGGAGAUAGAGGAGAUGGGUGAGGCGUUGCUUGAUGGCGAGGAGCGUUUGGUGGAGAGGCCUGAUGAAGCAUCGGAUUCGGCCAAUAGCACAGAGACGCCACAAGCCCCUGUAGAGGACUCCACCCCUUGUUGGGUCCGCCCAUCUCAGCAAAGCAACGCGCCUACAACUUACUGCCCUCUCACAUCUGAGCCUCAAAACAGAAGUAGUCGAGACAUCGAGGGAUCGAGACAUUCCCAGGAAGAUGAGGAAGAUGAGGAGGAUAUGGAGGUGGAUAUUCUGCUGUGUUCCCCAGACAAAGGCCGAGGGACGAUGGAAUUUGGAGGAAGCGUUAUCGUAGACUCAUCACAGGAUGAGGACGAGGAAGAGCUGAAAGAGAUUGAUGUGAUGGGAAUUUAGAUAGUAGCUGUUUGGAAUAUAUAUCAAUGUUGGCUAUACGGAGGCAUACCUUUUUUUUUUAUUAAUUUAUGUACUCCACUCAGGGUAAUCAAUCUCUAUUGUUGUGUGAUUUUGACUACAUUAUGUUAAUUUAGUUCAUUGACGGAAUACUUGUAUGGUUUAUUCAAAGUGUUGUUAUUUGCCUUUGAAUUUCAGUACAUAUUUUUGAUUCUUUACAUGCAGAUGUUGGGAUGUUUUAUAUUUGGGACACGUAUUAGUCGCAUAUCCAUAGAAAACGCGUAUAUAUAUAAGUUGCAGCAAUGUGGUUUUCUUCGCAUAAAAUGGUUUAAUACUUAAUGAUUAUAAUUAUUCAAGAAUUUGAGGUAAAGGCUAAAACAAAUUAUACUGCCAAAUGUGAUGGCCAAGCGUCAACAUUUUUGUUAUUGUACUGGAUUUAUAAAUAUUAUAAUAUAUUUAUUUUAAAAUACAAAGCUUUGUGUGAUUUUUGUGUAACAUUGUGUAACGUCAUCAGGUUUUGUUUCGUGCCGGGUGAGUUUGAACGUAACUUUAUUGACACCGGAAGUGAGUCUGCUACUCAGUUGGCCGGCUGGAAACUGCACGUGUUUUCUAUUAACGUUUGAAGGUUACUCAAUAAGCAUUUCACGCUUCUCUUGCUUUUGAGCAUACUAAUUUUAAACAUCUGCAUAAGGCGAAAAGGAAAUUAAAGCGCAGACAUGGACCCGAUGAA